AGUGAAUCCCGAGCGCGGUUAUUAAUAGUGGUUCGAUCGCGACCCGCAGUGGAGGGUUUCAGUGCCGCAGUGGUGUGUUUCCUGCAAGAACACCGGACAUGUACACCAUGAUGACCGGUUGACGUAGAGUGCCCUGACGCAGACACCAACCACAACCAUCUAUCAGCAGCGGUGCGCGAGGGUGACCACUCGUGCGGCGGGGGCCUGUACGGCCGCAGUGUCGUCCUGUAGUGAUGGGACUCCCGCGCAGGCGCCGCUCGCAGGCCACCUCCAGUCCCACCACCGCCGACAGCCGGACACGGUGACGCAACCCUGAGGAAUGUUCAUCCCCGACACGCUGCGCAGCUGCAUGGUGGAACCCGAUGUGUCCUCGUACCUACAGACGCCGUCCACGGGACAGGACGAAUUUCAUCCCUUCAUCGAGGCCCUCCUACCUUUCGUCAAGUCUUUUUCUUACACAUGGUUCAACCUGCAAGCGGCUAAAAGGAAAUAUUACAAAAAGCACGAAAAGCGAAUGUCUUUGGAGGAAGAGAGGCAGUGCAAAGAAGCCCUACAGAACGAAAAGGCGGAAGUUAAACAGAAAUGGGCAUCCCGCCUGUUGGGCAAGCUCCGCAAGGACAUCACCCAGGAGUGUCGGGAAGACUUCGUGUUGAGCAUAACAGGAAAACGACCCGCUGUUUGUGUCUUAUCCAACCCCGACCAAAAAGGCAAGAUGCGCCGAAUAGACUGCCUCCGCCAGGCCGAUAAGGUCUGGAGACUAGAUCUCGUCAUGGUGAUAUUAUUUAAAGCAAUUCCCCUAGAAAGUACCGACGGCGAACGCUUGGAGAAGAACCCGGACUGUUCUCAGCCAGGACUGUGCGUCAAUCCAUAUCAUAUAAAUGUGUCAGUGAGGGAACUGGAUCUCUAUCUAGCGAACUUCAUUAAUAGUCACGAAAUUCUGAGUGGAGUAUGCUAUAACAACAAUAACAAAAAGGAGGACGAUCGAAAAAGCAAAGGGUACACUCACAAUCCUUAUAACGGGGUAGUAUGUAAUGACAUCAUCUUAGCCACGGGAGUAUUCUCCUCUAAAGAACUCUGGAAAUUAUCCAAAUCAUCCAUCUUACACGAGUUAUCGGAUACUCAACCAAAUAUGAACAACGUUAAGAUUGAACAUCCCGCUUUCUACUGCAAUAGUUAUGCGGAUCAAGGGCCAGUUGUCGCUGAUAGAUCUUCUUCUGUUGAAGCCAUGGUUGUUUCAGCGGCAUACUCUAUGCCUCAAAACACAACUCUAGUGUCUUCCAGUUCCCAAGGUAGUCCCAGCACAUUGUUUUACCAGCACAGUCCGGAAUCACUUACCCAACAUCAAAACCAAGUGAAAUAUACCGAGAACGGUCAUGAUACCCUCACUGAUUUCGUUACCUUCGUCUGCCAAGAAACCGACAGCAAUCAAAACGCACAGAUGCCGUCGAAUCUAUCCCGGAGCCCGAAACCGCAGUACUUCCCAUCGACAAUGCUCCCACCCCCACCACUCCCGCCAAUGGCCCGCCCAGUGGCCAUCAUCCGAUCCACCUGCGACGUGAACAUGGGCGGAACAAACUCCCCGCCUGCGAGCAUAACGCCGCCCUGCAGUGAGGCCUCUCCCGUCGACGAGGUGCCCGAGAUCAGCCCCUCGCCUCCACUUAGCCCCGGGAGCCACGAGCUAAGGAAGUCGCCCGCGCAGAGGGGCUCCGUGCCCAGCAGUAGUCCCUACUCGCCCAACAGGGACUAUUCCUUCAGUCACUUCCACGGGCAGCCGGGACAUCUAUUCAGCUACCCCAGUAUGACAGGGAUGUCUGGCGUUAUCAGCCCCACGAACCUCAGCAUGUAUUCAUCCAACGUGAGUACCCCGAGAGGUACACCACGUACCAGUAACAUGCCCAGAUGGAGUACACCCUUGUUCACACUGGAUCAAGAGGAUUUCAGCAUGAUCACUCAUCCUUCCAAUACCGAACCAGGGGCGAUAAUCCUGAUGGACGAAACAGCUGCUCAAGCAAGCGACCAUACAGGGCAGUGUUGUAACAGUGGCAACCUCAUGUGCGACGCUGAUCGGUUUUUUCAAGCGGGAGACACGUUAGAGGGUGCCAACCCUAGAGAAAUAGAUCGAUUGCCCCCCCAAAAAUCGCCAUAGCACUGAACAACGACAAACUGCCUUACUAUGUGCAGCUAAACGGUUAAUUGUAUCUAUAUUCCCAUUAUUCGUGUGGUUGCAUUAUGCUGGCGCAAAAAUAACAGACUAUUUUUAGUAUUUACGUUGACAUCGGUGCCAAGACAGGCUGUGCUGCCCACGAAAAACGUAACAUUGAUGUCGACACACUUCUAUUGGUCGUUUUUCUCGCAGACCCUGACAUUCUUCGGAUCCUUGUACCCGCCUACAUCUCGUAACUUGUGACGUCAAAAUUGCACAAUAAGGGGGUUAUUGCGGCUUGUUUGAAUUCCGUUCCUAAGUUGGGUAGAAUAUCCAGCGACGCUUGUCUUCCACGAAUAAGCUUGUUGCGUGAGCAAGCAGUGAGCUGGGUCUGUGCCUUAGUAUUACAAUAAUAUCUAUAGGGUAGAAUAGUUAGAGGAAAUAAUCGAGCUUUCUCCGCUCACAUUGCAAUCAAUUCACUAUAUAUUUGUCCAUUUCGACAACUGACCUGCGAAACAGUUAUCUCACGGAUGUGUGAUAAGUGAUAGUGAUUACUAUGUAAUUUUUGUUAUCGUUCGCAUUGUCAGCAGUCGAAAAUGGCAGAUCUAAAUAUAAAGAAUGAUUCACGAGUUUGAUUUUUCAACUCAUCCACGUGUAAGUGAACGAAGAUUCAUUUAGUAUCUACUGGCUGAAGUGAAUGAUACUAGAAACUCUGUCAAUUAUUCUUUAUGAGUACAUAAUAUUCUGGUGGAGUAGAAGAUAAGCCGAUACCAGGUUGAAUCAUCGAACAUUUCGCAAGGAAGACUUGAUGAUUAUUGAAGCUGAUCUCUUCUACCUCAUCACAAAUAGAAAAUAAUUAUAUACAAAAAUAUGAUUGAGUACGAGGAGAAUCUCUUAAUAGGUAACAAAGCAAUAGAUGCGUACAGUCUGGCUUGUUCCUAGAUGACUUAAAUGUCUCAUUCUUAUCAACUUAUUUUUCCUUAUUUUGACGAAGUUCCAUACCCUAAGGAAAAGCAAUAGACUGGUUAGCUCUGUAAUCCACAACUUUCUCAAGCUAUUGCUUCAUCAGUCUUUGUCUUCCAAAAAAUAGUUCAAUGAUGAUCGAUAUAUGUGUCAUAUGAAGACAUUUCAUUGUUUAUUCAGCUGUGGAACACUAAGAAAUGUUUCGUUUUUACUUAAUUAGUUCUAGCAAGACUCAGGUUUUUUAGAAUUAUUUUCUUUUAUUCAAUUAUACGUUUGAGCAGUUCUAUGAGGUGGAGAUUAUAGAACAUCAGAUGUAGGUAGCCUAUAUGAAAUAAUUCUGGCCAUGAAACCAAUGAAUAAACUCAGUUUAAUCCUACCAAUCGAGUAGUCAAAUAUGACCAACAAAGUUAGUGAUUCAGCGGAGGUUUUGAUACCAAAUAGUUCUGACGAUUGUUGCAUGCAAGAUUGCAUUUCGCGAUAUUUAAAACUGAAGAUUCUCCUCGUACAAUGUUGAGCAAAUUAGCAAAUCUUACUGUGAUUGAGUACCUUGGAAGUAGUCAUGGAAGAGCGAAGGUCACACCGAACAGGUCAAGGUGUGACCUCAGGUCUCGCUCCUUCUGACUCCUUAAUCUCUAGUCACACUUAGCAGAGUGACCCCGACUGAUGUACCUACUCCCUCCGCUCUUAUUAACCUAUUUGCUCUAGUGGACACUCUGCAUUUUGUUUACUUCCCCUACCCUGAGUACAAGUCAAUAGAUCUAUUCACAGUGAUACUUCGAACACGAUCAGUUUUCUUUUAGGUUUGUUUCAUUUAGGAUCACUAAGCUCGGUGGAAUUGAGUUGUUUUUGUUACUGGCUAACAGGCCUCAAAAGAAUGAACACAAUUUCAACAACUGGAAAAUACUAAUAUUUUUUCAAUAUUCGGUUCAUUUGAAUCGAUUUUGUCUAUCUUUUUUGCCUUUUGCUCUUUGUUUUCUCAAAUAUAGUGGUAGAAAAAUGUGUGAUAAUAGAAAUUUAGUUCGCCGUUUUUUAUUAUGAUUUUUUUUCUCGAUUUAUUUUAUUGAAGUUGAAAUGAUCUGUUCACUUGGAAUGGUAUAUAUUUGAAUCCAAGUAAUAUUAUUGAUUAUUGUAAAUAGACAAAAUAUAAUUAUUUGUUAAUUAUGCAUAAACUUAUAGAAUCGGGUGAUAUUUAACCAGUGCCAUGAUAUUGUUGAUUCAAUUGUUAGACGUGAAAAACGUCACGUAAUAGUUAUUUGUUUACCUAAAGUAGGCUUAACCAGAAGCAAUUGUAUAAGCUUCGAUUCUUGAAAAUAAAUCAGAGGGUUUACUGUUUCUU